AUGGCAUCUUCGAAAGGCAAAAUAGUUGAAGCCUUUAGGGCGUUCCCAACAUGGGUUCCAAGGUCGUCCAAACUCGUCAACGCUCUCCUUCUGGGCACAUCUUUCAGUACAGCCACCGUGCUCGGUUACGAUGCCUCCAUGAUGAAUGCGCUCAACAUACUGCCAUCAUACACUGAAUACUUUAACCUUACAUCCGCGACAAUAGGCUUGAAUUCAGGUAUUGUAUGGAUUGGUGCAAUCAUUGGCAGUCUUUUUUGCGCAAAGAUCCCCGAUACAAUUGGCCGCAGACCGGCGCUCUUUUACUCAGCCAUACUGGCCAUGAUCGGCACAGCAAUCCAGGCGGCUUCGCAAAACAUUUCCAUGUUCUUGGUCGCCCGGUUUAUCCUGGGUCUGGGAGUUGGCGGCACAUAUGUAGCCACGCCUCUCUUGCUGGCUGAGACCUCGGCCAUGCAAUAUCGGACUUUCAGUUUGGGUGCCUUUACGGAUCUUUACUAUGUCGGCGGUCUCUUGUCCUCUGGCAUCACAUAUGGCACAGCAAAGAUGGAUUCCACCUGGGCCUGGCGCUUGCCAUCGUUGCUCCAGAUCGUGUUCACCUUUAUAUCUAUCGUCACACUCCCGUUCGUGCCAGAGUCGCCAAGAUACCUCGCAUACCAGGGUCGCCGCGAAGAUGCCAUUCUCGCCCUGGCACAAGCAUGCUCUGAUGGAGACACCACGGCAGCGACAGUCCAAGCACAGUAUGUACAGAUUGUCGAGUCACUCGAGUUUGAGAAGAAUCUGGAACCACCAUCGGUCAAGGAAAUGGUGACCCAAAAGCCUCUCCGCAAGAGAAUGCUCAUUGUGCUCUCGUGCGCUGUAUUUUCCAUGUUCACGGGCAGCAACAUCUUUUCGUACUACCUAGGCACGGCGCUCGACAAUGCAGGCAUCACCGACUCGACGCUGCAGCUGGAGAUUAACAUAAUUCUCAACGCCUUUUGCCUCGUUGUCUCCAUUGGGGGCACGCUCAUCGCCGACCGCGUCGGGCGCAAGCUGCUCGCGGGGAUAUCGACGGCGCUGUGUAUUGUCUUCCUCUUCAUUAUUGGCGCGCUAACAAAGUUCUACGGCGAGUCGACGUACCAGCCCGCCAUUUACGCCAACGUUGCCAUGAUGUUCCUGGCCAUGGGCUCCUAUAGCCUGGCCUGGACGCCGCUAUCCUUCAUCUACCCGCCCGAGAUCCUCAACUACCGCAUUCGCAAUAUCGGUCUGGCCUGGUUUGGCAUUUGGCAGAAUAUGAUCCUGCUCAUUCCCAUUUUUGCUUUUCCCAUUGCUAUUGAAGCCAUUGGCUGGAAGAUAUACAUGCUUAAUGGCGCUUGGGAUGUCUUUGAGCUGCUUGUUAUUAUUUUCUACUGGGUCGAGACUCGCAAUCUGUCGCUGGAAGAGGUCUCGGCGCUGUUUGACGGAGAGGUGCAUUCCCAAGUCACUGGCAUCAAUGCGAUUAUCCACGGCGAGCCAUUGGAUAUUGAUGAGAAGAACACCCCCGCGACAGUCGUCAAAGCGGAUGAUCAGAAACAAUAG